AUGGUGCCAUCCCAGCAGAGUUUCGGUUACGAGCAGGAGGAGUCGACUCCGAUGCCCGUGAUGUGGUACAUGGUGCCAGCCGACCAGGUGCAGCAGAUGCCUUAUCAUCCCGUCCAAGGUCCCAGCGUGAGCUUCGCAGCUGGAGCCGCGGCGACAAUGACCCAGGGCUCCAUGCCGCAGGGGUGGUGGCAGCCACCGAUGCAGAUGCCCCAGAUGCUGCCGUUGCAGCCCGUGCAGGCAGCGCAGCAGGUGCAGCCAACGCUGCCGCUGCCGAUGCAGUCCACACAGAUGGCAUGCCCGGCCUCGGACAUUCCGUUGGAGGGGCAGUGCGCGUGGGGCUAUGCAGGCCCAGCGCCUGAGCAGUGCUGCGCCCCGGCGCGGGCCUCCGCGGGCUCCGUGGCCGAGGUCUCCACGGCGCCCUCCGAGGCGUCGCCGCGCUUCCAGGAGGCGGACGAGCUGUCCGCGCCCAUGAGAACCUCCGCGUCUGCCGCGCGGCGCCUCCGCCGCAAGCGCGCCGCCGAGCGGAAGGCCAAGGCUGAUGAAGAGGACCUCGCUCGGAGGGACGCCGAAGGCCUCCGCAUCAGGGAGCUCGAAAGAGGGGAGGAGCUGGCGCAGCUGCAGGGCCACGUUUGGGCGCUGUCCCAGGACAAGAAGGGCUGCCGGCUGGUUCAGAAGGCGCUGGAGGUCGCCGGCCGCGAGACCGCCGCCAUCGCUGCUGAGCUCUCCGGUCACAUUCUCGAGGCCAUCAAACACCCUGAGGCGAACUACGUGGUGCAGAAGGCCAUCACGCAGCUCUCGGUGGGUGGCUCCGGAUUCAUCGUGGAGGAGAUCAUGGGUUCGGCGGUCGCCGUGGCAAAGAAUCGGAUGGGGUGCCGGAUCUUCUGCCGCCUCCUGGAGUUCUGCAGCACCAACCCCAAGGUGGGCCACCUCGUGGACGAGCUGCUAGCAGACGUUUCGGAUCUGUGCUGCCACUCCUUCGCGCACCAUGUCAUCCAGUCCAUUUUGGAGCACGGCGAGGAGCGACACAAGCACGUGAUCGCUCAAACUCUGGUUGCGGAUGUUGUGAGGUUCGCGCAGCACAAGAACACCAGCUACUUGAUCGAGAAGGUGAUGACCCUCUGCACUUGCAGUGAACAGGACCAGGCCGCCAUGGUCUGUGCCCUGGAUUUCAAGCGCCUGCUCUUCUUGGCCAAGACCCAGUAUGGCCGGCAUGUCGCAAAGACGAUGCUCAAGGAUCCGCGCUGGUACGCCGUCUGGGGCGCCGAGGAGUUUGAGAGGAUCACCUUCGCAAUUACUACAAGACUAGAUGGCAUGAGGGACAGUGAUGAUGCCAUCUCUGUUUCCCUCACGUUGCUGAUGCGCUUCUGGGUGCAUGUGAGAAUGCUGGGAGCCCACCUCGCCAGCUCUGUUUGCCUUCCGUUGCUGAUGUGGUUGGAUGCGAUGAUGCUUGGUCUCCGCAGCCUAGGGGUAUUUUUCGUUCCCUUGGCCCCGACAUGGCGCAGUCUGUGCGUGACUGAGCUGGUGCGCCGUGCCCCGGGCUUCGGCAACUCCACCGGUGGCACCCCUCCGGACAAGGUCAAGGAACGUUUCGAGCUUGAGAAGGGUGCCCCCAAGGCUCUCUUGGGGACGCUGGAAAACUGCACCAGGGACAUUGCGGCCUCGAAUGGCAGCUUCGACGAGUGCAAGGAGCAGCUGAAGACCGUGCUGCAGACGCUCAAAAAUGAAACGCUGACAGACGAGGAGGUGGAGCGCGAGAUCAGGAAGAUCGCAGGGGAGAAGGCAAAGCACAUUGUUAGCACCUGCUCGGCUGCUGCCACAACCGAUGCCGCGAAGGAGGCCUGCUUGUCCAGCGCGGAAGCCAUGCAAGCCCUGGCCACCCUGACGGGUCGGACCCUGGAGUCGAUCCCCGAAGAGGAGCUCCGGCUUCUCUUCCGAAAGGGAGCUGCGGAACAGGUGUCAGAGGAAGUCCGCCUGUGCAUGGAGGCAGCGGAAUCUGACACUGAGAAGAGAGCAUGCUUCUCCUCGGAUGACAUCCGGGAUGCCAUCGGCGAAUCCAUGGGCAAGGGCCGAGGCGAGGUCAAGGACUCCGACGUCCGGGCAUACCUGGAGGAAGGUUUGAAAGAAGAAAUCUGGACCAUGCUAGAGGCCUGCCCAGAGGACUCGAAGGAGCAGUGCAUGAGUGCAGCCAAAGACAUGCUGGCCGCGGUCACCGGUCGCCCCUCUUCUGCCAUUACCGACGACAUGAUCCGCCAGCUUCUGCACGACGAGAUGGCCAGCGAGCUCGGCGAGAGGAUGCGGUCCUGUAUGGACCAGGCCCAGGACAACACAGCCAAGGAAGCUUGCCGGACCACGCUUGCCACUGAAGCCCUUGGCGUGGCUCGCGGUACACAAGGCGGUGGAGCACCUUCCCGCACGGACGUGGAGGAGGCCCUGAAAGAAGCAGGCCGCGACAAGGCCAAGGAGGUCAGCAAGGACUGCCAGGGCAGCCGGGAGGAGUGCAUGGAGCGCAUUCGGGACGAGGCUGCGAAGUCAAUGGGCCGCAGCAAGGAGGACCUGUCGGACAUGGAGGUGGAGAGGCUGGUCAUGGAUGGUGCUCGGGAUGCCGCCAAAGAGGCCGCCCGUGCCUGUGCUGAAGCCCGGAAGGAGUCCAACACAGCCACCUGCGCCGAUCCUACAGAGGUCUACGCGAGCAAUCGCAGGAUGCCCAUCGAUGAUGAUGUGGACAGGAAGCGCAUCAAGCAAGACCUUGUGAAAGAGUCCGAGAAAGAUGCCAUGAGAACGUGCAUGGAGGAAUCCGACAAGACAGGCUUCGACCGCUGCAUGGGUGAGCUGGCAGAGCCGGAUGAGGUUGCAGGCGAGCUCUUCCGCGGCCUCUCGGAUGAGAGGAAGCAGAACAAGGAGAAGCGAGCCAAAGAAGACGCAGCCGUCGAGGUUGUUGGUGAGCGAUUCCAGAUCUGCAUGGAAGCGGCCACUACCGAGGACGAGAAGAAGGCCUGCCACGACGCGAUGCGCGCUGGUGCAGGCAUGGCUGGCUUAAAAGAAGAUGUGGAGGAUGUCGUGAAGAAAUUCCAGCGAAGCCUGGCUGUCUUACGCACAAGGGAGACGGUCAGAGUAGUAACGAUCAGGAGCAACGACCAGGGCAGCAAUAACCCUGAUGAUAGCAGCAGGACUGAAGAUGGAUCAGAACAAGAACGGCAGCAACGACAAGAGGCUGCAACGGCACGACCUCCAGUAUCAGUUAAGCAGGAUACUGGGUACUGUUAA